UUAUCAGUUGCAACCACAGCUUCUGGGUAGCAAGUUCAUCUUACAAACAGCAAAAAUGAAAUUGUUCAUCGUAUUAGUCGCCGUCACAUUGGCUCAGGCCGCCAAACUGGACAGGACCUACCUCCCACCCAACGCACAAGCUGCCGCAGGAUCUGCCUUCCUCCAGACUCCUCGUCAGUCCAAUGGAUUCCGCGACCAAUCCGGUGCUUACUCCAACCCCAACGCGUAUGCUCAGACUGGUGCUUACUCAGGCUUGGAAGCUCGUCCCGAGCGCGCUCGGGCUGCCUUCGAGAGGAACGCUGCUAUCCUCCGUCAGGACAACUCCAAUGAUGGAGAGACUUACGCGUACGCUUAUGAAACUGAGAACGGCAUUUCCGCCGAGGAGAACGGAGUGGCGACCAAUGGAGUCCAGGCUCAGGGCGGUUACUCCUACACUGGCGACGACGGCCAGGUCUACUCUGUGAGGUACACCGCUGACGAGAACGGUUUCCAGCCCCAGGGCGACCAUCUCCCCACUCCUCCUCCCAUCCCUGAAGAAAUCUUGAAGUCUCUGGAACUGAAUGCCCGUGCUGCUGCUGCCGGCAAAUCUGACGAUGGAUCAUACCGUGACGCCUCAUACGCCAGCAACAACCAACAACAGUACUACAGCCAAAACGCUCAAGCCCCCAUCGCUGGAGUCCAGAAGGCAUACCUUCCUCCCUCCGCUCAGCGCAACAACCAACAACCCGCUUUCAACAACAACGCCUUCGCCCGCAACAAUGCUGGAAGCGGUAGCCCUAUCAACGGAGUCCAGAAGGCGUACCUCCCGCCUUUCGCUCAACGUAACAACCAAGGAAUCAGGGCCCAACAACCUGCCUUCAACAGGAACGCUUUUGCCCGCAACGACGCUACUGGAAGCGGCAGCUCAGUCGCCGGCGUGCAGAAAGCGUACCUCCCUCCCUUCGCUCAGCGCAACAACCAGAGGAGCGGAGCGAGGCAAUCCUCCUUCAACGCGAGAGACGGAUACCGUUACUAGAGACUGUUGAAAUAUGAUUGUUAAAUGAUCUGAAAAUAAAUUAUACAUAUUUUUUACGAUA